GAUUCCUAAUUCCAACAUUUUCUUCGAAAAUGUCUAACACAUAUAAAGCUACUGCUACUGCUAGAUCACCUGCAGCCGACCAAUCUACCUGCCUCGUUUUUGUAUCCUCGUAAAUUUAUUUGUCAGAAUAGAAGCGGUUAAUCGAAUUGGAUAGAUUGAUUCACAAGGUUUUUUUUACAAUUUCUAGCUGGCUACUAUUGUCAGUAUUACCCAAUGACUCGGCUAAUUUAGUAAAUUAUGUAUCGGAUAAUUGUUUUGAAUAGUAAUGGUAGAAAAGUUGAAAAUGCCAUGACUACAAUAAAUUCAGCGUGAAAUAAAAUCGUAGGAGAUAAUGGAUUCCACAACCUUGGGCUAACUAUCGGCACCUUUGAUGAUUGAACUAGGUUGAAACAUGACAACAGCACAAUAUGCACAAGAUCCCAUCAAACUAGAGGGUGUAGAUUCAUCCGAAAAUGUAACAGAAAUUCAGUCAUACCUCGAAGGUUUUCAGAAAGAGAUCGAGAACACUGAUGGAACGAUUCAGCAGGUCACAACUCUUCAGACCGAUGGCGAAGAAGUCGACGCAGAAGGCGGUACCUACUUCGUCGAUCAGGCGGGCCACUAUUACUAUCAGGCGAAGGGCCAAGUGCCUUCCGUUAUGACCGUGGUGUCCUCGAUCAACGAUGGCGAGGAGGGCGAGGAAUUUAUUAUUAAUCAAGAAAACGAUGAAGAAGGCGACGAUGGGGAAGAAGCCAUACCCGAAGAUGCACCCAAUCAUAUUUUGAUCAAUUCUGGUAACGCCUACCAAAAGGUUACUGUCGUUCCUGCUGAUACGAAUACGGGGGAACUCAGUUACGUUUUAAUCGUACAAAAUCCUGACGACAUAAAAGAAGAUGAUCAGACUGAUGGGGAUCAAGAUAUGACCGUAUACGAUUUUGAUGAAAAUGAAGACGGACCUCCGGUUGACUCUGAAGCGGAAGAUGAUAAGUCUAAGAUUGUCAAAAUCUUUCAUAGGAAAUCGCAAGUCGUUACACAAGCCCACAUGUGUAAUUACUGCAACUAUACUAGUCCGAAACGGUAUCUGCUAUCUCGCCACAUGAAAUCUCACUCUGAAGAACGGCCACACAAAUGUAGCGUAUGCGAAAGAGGAUUUAAAACAUUGGCGUCCUUACAAAACCACGUCAAUACUCACACCGGUACCAAGCCUCACGGUUGCAAAUAUUGCGAGGCAGCUUUCACGACAUCCGGCGAACUUGUACGCCACGUUCGGUAUAGGCACACGCACGAGAAGCCUCACAAAUGUAACGAGUGCGAUUAUGCCAGUGUUGAGCUGUCGAAACUCAAGCGACACAUACGAUGCCACACGGGUGAAAGACCGUACCAGUGCCCACAUUGUACUUACGCCAGUCCCGAUACGUUUAAACUAAAACGCCACCUGCGAAUUCACACCGGAGAAAAACCAUACGAAUGCGACAUCUGCAAAGUGCGAUUUACUCAGUCUAAUAGCUUAAAGGCUCACAAAUUGACGCAUAACAUUGGAGAAAAACCGAUUUUUCAAUGUGAGCUAUGUCCUACGACGUGCGGUCGUAAAACCGACUUACGGAUCCACGUACAGAAACUUCACACAUCGGAUAAACCGUUGAAGUGUAAACGGUGUGGUAAAACGUUCCCGGAUCGUUACAGUUUUAAGCUUCACAAUAAAUCGCACGAAGGAGAAAAAUGCUACAAGUGCGAUCUGUGUCCGUACGCCUCGAUCUCGGCGCGACACCUCGAGUCGCACAUGCUGAUUCAUACCGAUCAGAAGCCUUACUCGUGCGACCAGUGCGAUCAGUGUUUCCGCCAGAAGCAGCUGCUGAAGCGACACCAGAACUUGUAUCACAAUCCCCAUUAUACGCCGCCUCCGCCACGGGAAAAGACGCACGAGUGUCCGGAAUGCGGACGCGCUUUUCGACACAAAGGUAACCUGAUCAGGCACAUGGCGGUUCACGAUCCGGAUUCGGCGGUCGAGGAACGACAGUUGGCCUUGAAAUUGGGCCGACAGAAGAAAGUACAAAUUAUCGACGGGCAACCUGUGGAGGUCAUGUCGAACAUGGAAGGGUCCGAAGACGAAGAUGGUGACGAUAUUAUGGCCGUAGAGGGUUCUGAUGGUCAACAGUACGUUGUCUUGGAGGUCAUACAGCUUGCAGAUGGUGACGACCAGACAAUGGUUGGCGACAAUCCAUCUGGCUUAUUAACCAGUAGCAUUCUCGCAGAUUCAGAUCUUAACGAGGAGGUUAUUAAGGCUUUACAAUCGGCACGAAGAGAAGGUCGACUAGAGGAGGAUAAAAUUACUGCCGUUAAGGAUAUGGAAAACUGUUUCGGAUUUGAUGACGAAGAUGAUGAUGAUAACGAUGAAUCAAAAAUAGACGAGGGAAGCGAAACUAUCACGUUGCUAGGAGGAAUAGAAUAAUGUAUUUAUAAUAAUAAUUACUAUUAGUUUGUUGUUUUUAAUAUUGUAAGAUUUUUGGACGGUUUUUAAUUUGUAGGUUAGGUGUAUUUAUACAUUAUGAAUCCGAUUUUUAUUUCUUAUUUUUUAGUGUACAAAGGAAUGUAAAUUGUAUAACAACAGUUUUGUACAUACUAUAGUUAUGACUGGAAAUAUUUUUUUCCAAUAAAUUUAAUAAAAGUACCUAGUAUUAGUACCGUUGUCAA